AAUUCUCUGUGUCACUUCAACAGGGAAGUAGGCAGGACCGACAAAUGCGCUGCCCCAGGCUCGGCUGUGGUCUCCGUGUAUACAGAGUCUGUGUCCUGUCGUCAGCUUUAGUCAGGGUUUGACUGCCGGGUUAUCAUCUCGUUAACCGACUUAGAAAAUGGCCAACAUCCCCCUCUCUCGCUCUGAGGUGUUUGGGGAGCUGAGGAAGGAGCUGCAUGAAGAUGAAGAGUUCCAUCAGUCCGACGCUCACAUCUUCAUCAUCAUGGGAGCAUCGGGCGAUCUGGCCAAGAAGAAAAUCUACCCAACUCUAUGGUGGUUGUUCAGAGACGGCCUCCUCCCUGAACAGACAUAUUUUGUGGGCUUUGCACGCUCUGACUUGACAGUUGAUGCUAUUCGGACUUCUUGCCUGCCGUACCUGAAGGUGAUGGAUACAGAAACAGAGCGGCUGUCAGCCUUCUUCAGCAGGAACACGUACAUCAGUGGGAAAUAUGCAGAUGAGAGCUCCUUCUCAAAACUCCACACACACAUCCUGUCUCUGCCUGGUGGACCUGAGGCAAACCGUCUCUUCUACCUGGCGCUGCCACCCACUGUCUACCACGAUGUCACCAAGAACAUCAAGCACAGCUGUAUGAGCACAAAAGGCUGGAACAGAGUGAUUGUAGAGAAGCCGUUUGGACAUGACCUUCAGAGCUCUGAAGAGCUGUCCACUCACCUUUCGUCCCUCUUCACUGAAGAACAGAUCUAUCGCAUAGAUCACUAUCUGGGCAAGGAAAUGGUGCAGAACCUCAUGGUGCUCAGGUUCGGGAACCGUAUCUUCGGGCCGAUCUGGAACAGGGACAGUGUGGCCUGUGUUGUUCUCACCUUUAAAGAACCGUUUGGCACUCAGGGACGAGGAGGCUACUUUGAUGAUUUUGGCAUCAUCCGCGAUGUCAUGCAGAACCACUUGCUCCAGAUGCUCUGCCUGGUUGCCAUGGAGAAACCAGCAUCCACCAGCUCUGAUGAUGUGAGGGAUGAAAAGGUGAAGGUGCUGAAGUGCAUCGCUCCAGCGUCCAUGUCAGAUGUGGUGCUGGGUCAGUAUGUGGGGGACCCAGAGGGUGAGGGAGACGCCAAACUGGGUUACCUUGAUGAUCCCACAGUUCCUAAAGGAUCAACUCAGGCCACCUUCACCACCGCUGUACUCUAUGUGCACAACGAACGCUGGGAUGGUGUUCCUUUCAUCCUCCGCUGUGGAAAAGCUCUGAAUGAGAGGAAAGCUGAGGUGCGGCUGCAGUUCACAGAUGUCCCAGGGGACAUUUUUGGAAAUCAGUGUCGCAGGAACGAGCUAGUGGUGCGUGUGCAGCCCAACGAGGCCGUCUACGCCAAGAUGAUGAGCAAGAAACCCGGCGUAUACUUCAGCCCUGAGGAAACUGAGCUGGACCUCACCUACAAGAGCCGAUACAAGGAUGUGAAGCUUCCAGACGCCUAUGAACGUCUCAUCCUGGAUGUCUUUUGUGGGAGUCAGAUGCACUUUGUACGCAGUGAUGAACUAAGGGAAGCAUGGAGGAUCUUCACACCUCUUCUUCAUCAGAUAGACAGAGAGAAGCCCAAACCCAUUCCUUACAAAUAUGGAAGCCGUGGCCCAACAGAAGCAGACGACCUCGCAAAGAGAGUUGGAUUUCGCUACGAAGGCACUUACAAAUGGGUCAACCCACACAGACUGUGAUUUGUGAUGAUAUGAGGGAGGAGUAGAGGUAGGAUAGUAGAAGGGGUGCAGCAGGGUAAGUGAGCCGUAUUAUGUUCCAUCACAGGAGUGUCUUUAAGGAAGGUGUUUCCACUAUGUGGAUCCAUUGCAGUAGCAGCAAAGAGGAAAGAAGAUAUUUGAAAAAAUAGAGUAUUUCUCAGGUAUAGCUGAAUUAUUCGUUGGAGCUAGUUCAUCAGAUGUUGAAAAGAGAAUUAUGAAUUCCUGCUGUCAUCAUGGGCUUUAUACCAGUUUUUUUUUAAAUCAAUACACUCACAGCAACUUUCUGUUUUGAUAAGUGGGACCAGGUCAGUUGGAGAGGGAACAAAAAAUCUGUACCAUGAAAUUUUUGUGAACAAAAUAACGGUCUGUUGAACUAGCUCCACGUGCCCGUCUUCAUUAAUUAGGUCUUAAUUUGUCCGGAUGGUAAAUGGAAUAACUGAGGAACAUGAACAGAGCAGAGCAAUAACAAAACACAGCUGAGUCAUGCUCACCCAGUGUUAAGUACUGUACCAAAGAUGGUAACUGAACACAGCAGAGAUGAGGAGCAACAGGAAUGAUUGUUCACCAUCUGUCACUCUUAUAAUCAUUGUGAUUGUAAAACUGUUGUGCUUCAACUGCACUUGUUAAUCGCAUGUAGUGAAAUGUGUUUUUACAACUUGCAUACUCUCUUUUUGCCUCCUCUGCCUGGGACCAAGGAUGUCUUGGCAUUUUAAGAUAAAUAGACUGUUACUGCAGUUUCUCUUCAGAGCAUUCAUACUGGAAUAGUCUUAAGUGUCCUUACGGACCAGCAAAACGAGCUCUCCUCAUUCGCUUCAUUCCCUUUUGUUUACAUUUUCUUUACAUUCUUCUUUCAAGUUUAUUUAACUUACUGAUUUUCAUUCCAUAUUUCAAAAUAUCCAGACAGCAGUGGCGUCUACUACAAGUCAACAGUGAAUGUCUUAGUCAUGGCGUACUGUAUACUACUGUUAACUGCACUCUCACAUGUAACGCUAGCCAUGUUUCCACUACAUGUAAUAAACUAGUUUUGCUUCUGUUAAAUUUG